AUGUCGCCGAACGACCUCGACCACGACCUCACGCCUUCAGCAUCCACACAGACGUUUGCCAAUUUGCAAGACCACUCCCAUCCACUCCGCUCCCGACGCCACAGCCUGCAUCCAACAGACACCCUUCACAACCACUCGUCGUCAGCAGCAGCCGGUCUCGAGCCCAUAGUACCCACACUCUCCAAAUCUUCCCUCUAUCAGAUCGGUAUGGUCGAGGGAAUCACUCCACCAGCGCUCGCCUCUGUCGGGCCAGUAGGCACCUCGCCCCUCGAAAUCAGCAGCGUCGUCGCGGCUGGUCUCGAGAUGGGCCUCGGUGCCGGUUUCGCCUCUUCAGCCCUCUUGACGCACAACCCGGGCGCGCAAGCAGCAGCGCUUGCCGGUCUCACCGCGCCUCGCUACUCGCGGCUGCACCAGACCAACAGCGAGCUGCAGCAGCAAGACGACUUUGACGCCCAAGCAUCGCCUACAGCUGCUUCUGGGCUCGAUUUUGACACGAUCCUGCCCACAUCAGCAGCUGACUCUCUGCCGUACCGCAACGGCAGCGGUCGACGCAGUCCCAAUCUGGAAGCGGACGGGCUCGAGGGAGAUCUCCACCGAAGGCGCACCACAGGUGCACGUCAGUCCAAGCAUCCUAUGGAGCCAAUGCGUCUCGGUCGUCAUCAUCGCGCCGAGACCCACGACCACAUCCUCUCUCCCUUGCCUCCCCCUGCCACCGCCGCCGAGAUUGAAAAGCAGCAGUACUACCAGAACAACUACAUAGCUCUCCGCAACGAGGCCAAGAUCCUCACCCACGGGCUGCCCGCCAGUUUCAACAUGGAAGCUCCUCUCUCGGCUACCACAAGUCUGGAGCGCGAGACCUCGUUCGGAAGCCGAAGCAGCACGCAUAUGCUGACACCUUCUGUCGGCGACAAGAGCAUCCUCUCUCCCGACGCGCACCACCCGCUCUCCGCCAACCCCUUCGCCGCUGCCACCACCUCGUCCAGCCCUUAUCAGGACGCUGGACACCACGUGGACGCAGCGGGUUGGAAGUCUAUUCGUCAGGGUCUUGCUGCCGGCGCCCAUGGACCCACCCAAGCAGCUCUGCUCGGCUUGGGCGGCGGUAGUCACUUUGGCCCUGGCGUUCGUGCCAAGGUCUCCGAGGUGCUGCCCCACCUCGUAGCGAGCAUCCCGCUCUCGGGCGACGAGGGCGAGACCAUCACCAUCGCCGAGUACGGCAGUCUCAACACUCGCUCUGUCAACCUGAUGCAGGCCAUCAUUUCAGAAUUUGUCCAUAAAGCACACGCCGAUACGCCAAGGAGGGAGGCAGGCAAGAAUGGCCACGAGGCUAGCAACCACUUCCCCGGUCUUGACGAGGCGGGGGCCGCUUCGCUGCGAUCUAUUCUGGGCGUCGAUGCCUCUUCGGACGAUCCCUGCAAGGUCAACUUCUCCAUCAUUCACGAAGAUUCGCCUCAGGCCGAUUUCCGUCCCUUGUCGCAGAUGCUCGAUUCCAAUCCCGAAUCGUACCUGCAUCCGCAAUGGCAGGCAGCCCACGAGCCGCGCCUGCAAAACGCCAUCUUCCCCAGCUUUGUCUCGCGGCCGUUUGCAUCGCGCAUCGCUCCGCCGUCCACACUGCACUUGGGAAUCAGCUUGAUGGACUUGCACUGGUCGCACACGCCGCGGAGCCCGACCGUCUCUCUUUCUACAUCGGCACACGCCGAACUCGCUGCGUUCCUCACCGCUAGGGCGCACGAGUUCCGCACAGGCGGGGUCAUCGUGAUGGCCUACAUUGCUCGAUCCGAAGACAGCAACGUCGUGUUGCCCGAUCGUCCCAAGUCCACCCUGCACAGCAUCAGUGGCUCUGAUGGAGCUUGUGCUGCGCCGACGCCUGCCGUAGAGACUGGUAGCCAGCUGCAUGCCGAUGGCGACCGCUUCGAUGAGCACGCCGUCUCGCCACGCAUCCCGCAACUGCGCAAAGACCGAAGGCGCUCCAACUCGUCGCCCAAUCGUCCUUCAUUCGCUGGUCCAAGGGCUGCAGCCGAGACCAGUUCAAGGUCCGACAUCUGGUCGACACUUACCAACACGCUCGCACCGUGCCUGCAGCGUCUGGUCUCGUGCGGCAUGCUCAAGAGCGAUGUCGCGCGUCACCUGCUCAGCCUGCCCAUGCAUGCCCGCACUCCCCGCCAGACUCGCAACGUGCUCAAGUCGGUCAAGCAUCUCUGGAAGGUCGAGUGGAGCUGCGGCUUGGGUGAUGAGCCCGUUUCGGCCGAUGCCGCGCCUGCGCUGCAGUGUGAGGCUGAGCCGCUGCGCCUGCCUCAUCCUGCCUGGAAAGCACUGCAGGCGGGCACACUCUCGCGCGUCGCUUUUGCCGAGCACAUGAUUCAGCUCUUCAAGAACCUGUACGAGUCGCACUUCCGCGCUAUCCUGCGAGAGAAGGGCAAGCUCAGCAAAGGUGCUGUUGAGUUUGUGCUCGACUCACUCUGGGACGUGCUUCAGUCCAGGAUCGACGAUCAGGAGCCCUGCCCCAUUGCCGAGUGCGAGCUCGAAGUGCAGAUUGUUGCCCUGCGUCGUACCUAA